CUCUUACCAGGUCAGAGAAUCAACGGCCACGAUCAAAGGGCCACUAUAAAAUAAAGCCAUCCAUUUCAGCAGCUGCCGUCGUCAUUCUCGCGCUUCCAUCACACAGAGAGGACAGAGAAGCAGACGCCGCCAGCCAUGUGUGGAAUACUCGCCGUCUUUGGCUGCAUAGACAACUCUCAAGCCAAACGCUCCCGCAUCAUCGAACUCUCUCGAAGAUUGCGCCACAGAGGUCCUGAUUGGAGUGGCUUGCAUUGUUUCGAGAACUCUUAUCUUGCUCAUCAGCGACUUGCUAUUGUAGACCCUGCUUCAGGAGAUCAGCCACUUUACAAUGAAGACAAGACAGUUGUUGUCACGGUUAAUGGGGAGAUCUAUAACCAUAAAGAAUUAAGAGAAAAGUUGAAGUCUCAUCAGUUCCGAACAGGAAGCGACUGUGAAGUGAUUGCACAUCUUUACGAAGAAUAUGGAGAGGAUUUUGUGGGCAUGUUGGAUGGCAUGUUCUCUUUUGUUCUUCUUGACACCCGUGACAAGAGUUUCAUUGCAGCUCGAGAUGCUAUUGGCAUUACUCCACUUUAUAUGGGUUGGGGCCUUGAUGGAUCAAUAUGGUUUGCUUCCGAAAUGAAAGCGUUGAGUGACGAUUGCGAAAGAUUUGUGUCUUUCCUUCCAGGGCAUAUAUAUUCAAGCAAACAAGGUGGGCUUAGAAGGUGGUAUAACCCACCUUGGUUCUCGGAGCAGAUUCCUUCCGCACCAUAUGAUCCCCUGGUUUUACGUGCGGCUUUUGAGAAGGCUGUGAUUAAGAGACUUAUGACUGAUGUACCAUUUGGUGUACUUUUGUCUGGAGGACUGGACUCAUCACUUGUUGCUGCUGUGGCAUGCCGCCAUUUGGCUGAAUCAGAAGCUGCUUGCCAAUGGGGAUCGCAAUUACAUACCUUCUGCAUUGGUCUGAGGGGUUCACCAGAUCUGAAAGCUGCCAGAGAGGUAGCAGAUUAUCUUAAAACUCGCCACCAUGAGUUUUAUUUUACUGUUCAGGAAGGUAUAGAUGCUCUUGAAGAAGUUAUAUACCAUAUUGAAACAUAUGAUGUGACUACUAUUAGAGCCAGCACUCCAAUGUUUCUCAUGUCUCGAAAAAUUAAAUCUUUGGGAGUGAAAAUGGUUAUUUCUGGGGAAGGUUCAGAUGAAAUAUUUGGAGGUUACUUGUAUUUCCACAAGGCACCUAACAAGGAGGAAUUUCACGAAGAAACAUGUAGGAAGAUCAAAGCUCUUCAUCUUUAUGAUUGCUUGAGGGCCAAUAAAUCAACUUCAGCAUGGGGUGUUGAAGCACGUGUACCCUUUUUGGAUAAAGAAUUCAUCAACACAGCCAUGAGCAUAGAUCCAGAGUGGAAAAUGAUCAGGCGAGAUAUUGGAAGGAUUGAGAAGUGGGUCUUACGUAAUGCAUUCGAUGAUGAUCACAAGCCAUAUUUGCCAAAGCACAUAUUGUACAGGCAGAAGGAACAAUUCAGCGAUGGUGUUGGGUACAGUUGGAUUGAUGGCUUGAAGGAUCAUGCGAACAAACAAGUUACAGAUUUAAUGCUGAUGAAUGCAAGCUUUAUUUAUCCUGAGAAUACUCCUACAACAAAAGAGGCCUACUACUACAGAACCAUCUUUGAGAAAUUCUUCCCUAAGAAUGCUGCAAGAGCUACGGUUCCUGGAGGUCCAAGUGUGGCAUGCAGUACAGCAAAAGCUGUGGAAUGGGAUGCUGCAUGGUCAAAAAAUCUUGAUCCUUCUGGCCGUGCUGCCCUGGGUGUUCACGCAGCUGCAUACGAGGAGCAGGAAGAUAUUAAGAGUGCCAAUGUGAUGAAGGGCCCCUCACAUAAACUACAAGAAGGCAUUGUAGAGAAGACUGCAACAGUAGUUUGAUUGGGGACUACAGCAUACAUAUUUGCCAUGAAUUAACAAUGCGAACCAACAAUGUGAACCAAACAACCAAGAUCCCAUGAAAGGCGUUUGCUGGUGAUAUUUGCCAAACUACAGGUAGAGGUGCUAGAAUUUUAGAGACCCGUUGGUUAGGUUGUGUAAUUGGUAACCAUAUUUGCUUUUGUAGUUUUCUGAAGAGCACUAUUAGAUCCUUAAAGGUGUUUGGAAUUCAUCUGAUAUAGUUCUCUGGUCUUGAAUGGGCAACUUUUUUUUUUCCUUGUUUUCCUUCAUCGUUCCUCUGAAUACGCAUGGAUGGAAAAAAGUAGAAAUAGAAGGCAAGUUUCUUGUUAA